CCUACCGAACACCCUUCCCCCCUUCAUUAUCGUAAUCAGCUUCAGGUUUCCUGGGGUUGCACGAGCUGCAAGUCCACACCGGUGAUCGACGGUACAUCUGAGAGGGCCGUUUUCCGAAGGUUUGAUUGUUACCACACGAUUCAGGGAUCAAGCAUCAUGUAUGACAAGGAACCCAGCUCGAAAUGUGUCCGAAAAACUCGCGAAUGGAGUAUGCCACCCACCGGCGAGGGAGGCCGAGUAAUUUUCCCAGAUAAAGAUGGAUCGAGGCAUCAAGUCACCAGGGGGUUAGACGUAUUUUACCCGGUUUCCAAAUGUGUCCAUUGCGUCUAGAUGGCCAGCGUUCUUGCUUGCUCUGCGUUGUAUGAUACCCCCCCCUGUUGGAAAGGUGUGGAGCAAGUGGAAGGUCAUGGCGAGGAGACGAAGCAUCCAGACCAAAAGAAAGAAGAGGGAGG